AUGAAGAGCAUGAGAAAAGAAAGUCCUUGGAUUCUUGCCGUAAAAUUAAGUACACUUACAUUUAAAGAUCCGAUUCUGGAAUCAGCUCGGACUCGUUCUGAUGCUAAGGCAAAAGCUGUUCUUGCUCGAGUCGAAUUCGAAUACGAUUUAGUUGCUGCUGAGGCUAAGUAUCAUCAUGAUUGCUUUAUUUCCUUCUUGAAACCGACCAAUGGGAUAUGGCACGGCGAUCUCUAUAGAGAACGCCGUGGAUAUGGUGAUCAAGCAGUCAAUGAUGAAAGCUAUGAAGACAGAUGGAGGUAUUGCUCGAGGGAGAAGUACGAAAUAGAGUGUAAAUGGGUUUAUAGUAUGCAUGCAAUGAAUACAGUUUGUGAAAGAUUAGAAGAUCUCGCUAAUGUUAGAAUGGAUACGACCGAGCAGCAUGUUGAUGCAAGUGAUUCACGAACGCUUACUGAAACAAAUUUUUCUGUACCCGACAAGCCUGGCACUAGCACCGAAUCUUUAAAUGAAAUUCUUCAGGCUAUUGAAAACGAAGAAAUAGUUACAGAAGAUAUAAGUUAUCAAUUUCCUGAUUUUGAUUUGAAAACCCUUCUUCAAACGUCUCCACUAGGAAAAUUUUACGAAACAAACAAUUCACUAGAUAAUUUAAGAAGAGGGAGACUGGUAGACAUAAUUAUUAAACAUUUGUUUAAUUAUAUUGUAAAACAUCGAUUGAAAUACGAGCAAUAUAAUAAAAUUAGCGCAAAAAUUAUAAGCAUUUUUCCAAAAGAAAAUAUUGGAACGUAUUUUGUGCCCCCUAUACCAAAAAAUAAAUCAAUCAGCGGAAAAUCAAUUUUUGCUAAAGGGAAACUAGUUGAUAAAUGCAGAAAUCUUUUAUACAUUUCGGGCGAAAGUAAAAGAAAAAAACGCAGAGAAAGAGACGAAAAUGAUGACCCCCAAGCCAAAAAAUCAAGACUGACUAUAGAUAAGGAAACUGAAGAUGAUCAAAUUUGGUUAAAAUCCAAUUUCGAACCAUGGGCAACGGUCCUAGAGAAAUGGAAAAAAACUUACAAAAUUAGACAAUCCGAGUCAUUUACCACUGUCCAUGAAUUUAUCGAGAAAUGGAAUAUUUUAAAAGACUUGCGAAGUGACGUACUGAUUAAUUUAGACUUUGAUAUUUUAUACCCGGAUAAGGGAUUAUAUUUGUACAAAAAUUGGAAUUUCUUUUUUAAUAAGCUAAUUGCUUUAAAACAAAGUGAAAUACAGGAUCCAAAUAUACAAACAACAGUUGAAUACUUAAACAAAAACAUAAAUGAAGAAAUUAUUUUGGGGCAAAAAAAACUAAACUUUGCUCAAGAAAAGCAUUUGAAUGGAACAAAACUUGCUGAAGCUCAACUGGCUCUUUUUGUAGCAUGUCAUAGCUCCAUUUCUACUGUUGAUCACUUAGGCCACAUUUGCAAAUCCUCUUUCCAAGGAAAUGAGGUCACAUACCUUCAAAUUCAUCGCACAAAGUGUUCAGAAAUUAUCAAAAAUGUAUUAGCACCUUAUUUUGCUCAAAGGCUGUCCGAAGAUAUUGGGGACCUGCCAUAUAGCUUGUUAAUAGAUGAAUCAAAUGAUAUUUCAGUCAUAAAAUACUUGGGUUGCUCCAUUAGAUACUUCAGUCAAAAAAGCUCAAAGAUUGUUUGCACAAGUUUGGGUUUGGGUCAGCUUGAAUCUGCUAAUGCAGAUGGUAUUAUCCAAUGUCUACUUUUGAUUCUAAAGAAGUACAAUCUUAAAAUUGAAAAUAUGCAAGGUUUAGACACAGAUAAUGCUUCAGUGAUGACUGGUGUUAAUAAUGGAGUAUACAAAAAAUUACAAACCUACAACCCAACAUUGGUUUUGAUUCGCUGUGUGUGUCAUUCUUUACAGCUGGCAUCAUCAUAUGCUACAAAAGAGUUGCCAAAAAACUUAUGA